UUGGUAGGCCCUGUUUUCCGGAUACAUUGUGGGUCAACAUUAUAUUAGGCCACUUUUAUUUCCCCGAAUAGCGCCAGGUAUUUAUUGCAGUUCAGUGGCCUUUAUAUGCCCAGAAGAUUUGUUUCUAUGACCAGUUUGCAACAAAAACUAGACUUGUGAUCAGAAAAUACUUUGGUAUUUUUUAAACUCUACGGCUAGAUAUUUUCCGGACAUAGACGGCUGUCGAAGUAGAUGAUCAAAAUGACGUCAUUUCGUCUUCAUUUGGUGAUUUUUCUACUCAGCAUCGCUGGUGCCUUAUGCCGGAAUUUCAUGAAGAGCAUUCUACACAACCGAGCUCUGAAUUGCAAGCCAAACGAGUUCCUAUGUAAAGAUGGCCAGAACUGUGUCCCCAUGAAACUCACUUGUGAUAUAGAGGAGGACUGUGGCGAUGCCUCGGAUGAACGUUUAAAUUGCCCAACUGACUGCUCACACAAAAACCAGUUCAAAUGUGCCUCUGGAAACGAAUGCAAGUCAAGGUUUUUUGCCUGCGAUGGUAUCGCCGACUGCACUGACGGGUCAGACGAACAAAACUGCGAGAAAUUCGUGUGCUCUGACGGUGAAAUCAAGUGCGACAACCACCUCUGUAUUGAGGCGGACUGGAAGUGUGACGGCAACAACGACUGCGGUAACAACUGGGAUGAGACCGGAUGCAGCGGUUAAUUAAUCAACCAUCGAUUGAACUAUUUUACAAAUCACGUGCCAGUCUACAUACAUGCCCAAAAAUAUAUGCACAUUCGAGUGUAUUUGUAAAAUAUGAGAAUAAAAAGAUAUGUGACUAUUUAUUAAAAAAUAAGUUUAUAGAGAUAGAAGAUAAAUAAAUGUAUU